AGAGAAAGACAGAAAACAAAAAACAAUAGAGAGAGAGAGAGAGAGAAACCCUAGAGAGCGAAAAUCGAUGGAAGAAAUUCUUCGGAAAGAGAAGCGGUUAUUAUGGUCGGCACCAGCGCCGAUAAGAAUCCCCGGAUUUACGGCGAUUGAGCUCUCCGCGGCGGAGCAACUCGUCCAGCUCAGCGAGAGCAGCCCCGAUACAUCGGCGGCGACCCUACAGAGAAGCUUCUCCUCCGCGCUGUCUUCGUCUUCCUCUCCUAUUUCCGUCGGAAGCAUCGCUCCUCCGCCGUAUCGCCGCCAUCCUCUUUCUUUAUCUGUGGCCAAGGAGGCGGAGGACGAGGACGAUGAUGAUGGAGGAUUUAAGCGGCUUCGGCCGAGGUAUCGGUCGAUCGCGGAUAUUUAUGCGGAUUGUGUCAGGAUUGAUGAGGUGGCCGGAGAUGGGCGGAAGAGGCCGCGGCGAGAAGGCUGAGGAAGAGAGAGAGAUAGGGGAGUGAUUGGGGCGGGGAGAGGGAUAGAUUUGUAAAAUCUGUAAAUGACUGGGUGUGAAUACUAAUAAUGCUUGUUGUAAAUUUUUAAAUUUUGGGUACUUUAUAUCGAGAUCAAAAAGUUUUGUUUCGUAAUUCUGUUUUGCACUUAAAUUUUGUAAAUUA